AUGGAGCGGCUCGUCGCCUCUUAUCAGGGCAAAAAGAAGAAGAGCAAGUCGAAGAAGAAGGCGCAGUCGAUGCACGAUCUCUCGCAGUUCGCCUCCCUUCAGAGCGGUCCGCUGAGUCCGGGCGCGGUCACCAGCUACUCCAGCAACACUAACGGCUUCGAGACGGUCGAGAGGAGAGCAUUCUCUCCGCGGGAACUCAGUUCCGGCUACUCUAGCAAUGGAGACGCCGCCGAAUCCAUGUGAGUGCUCAACUUCAAUUCAAUAAUCUCGAUUGUUUUUCAGAAAGAGUGAGGCGGAAAUCGUGCGCCACCGACUCCGUUUCAUAGAAGAUGACGUGGAUUCGCUGCGUGACAUUGGCGCUCAGACGGACAUGGAUCUUCUUCAAACGCACGUCAAAGUGCUCGACGACAAGACUUGGGCAGGACUCGGACUUUCUGCCGUCGAGCACAUCGAUCGGGUGCUCGACGAGCUCGAAUUCGACGAAUGA